CCAAUUGGCUCUGCGAUAUAUCUAAUCUUCUACAUCUGCUCUCGUCAGUCUUCAGCUUCACACCACUACUCCAAUCACCAUAUCCUCCGAGAGCAGAGAGAGAGAGAGAGCUCAACCUCAAUGGCGCUGCCGGUCGUCGACACGGAGUACCUCAAGGAGAUCGACAGGGCCCGCCGCCACCUCCGUGCCCUCAUCGCUCACAAGAACUGUGCUCCCAUCAUGCUCCGUUUGGCGUGGCACGAUGCGGGAACAUAUGACGCUAGUGCGAAGACCGGUGGACCUAAUGGCUCCAUUAGGAACGAGGAGGAGUACAAUCAUGGUGCCAACGCUGGUUUGAAGAUAGCUCUCGAGUUCUGCGAGCAAGUGAAGUCUAAAUGUCCAAAAAUUACAUAUGCAGACCUCUACCAGCUUGCCGGAGUUAUUGCAGUAGAGGUGACUGGAGGCCCCACAAUUGACUUUGUUCCUGGCAGAAAGGAUUCAAAAAUUUCACCCAAGGAAGGCCGACUUCCUGAUGCAAAUCAAGGCCCACCGCAUCUCAGGGAUGUCUUCUACCGAAUGGGUCUCUCAGACAAAGAUAUAGUGGCACUAUCUGGAGGGCACACACUGGGCAGGGCACAUCCGGAGAGAUCAGGUUUCGAUGGCCCGUGGACUCAAGAGCCUCUACAGUUCGAUAACUCAUAUUUUGUUGAAUUGUUGAAAGGGGAAACUGAGGGUCUGCUGAAACUUCCCACUGACGAGGCGUUAGUGCAUGAUCCUGAGUUCCGCCCUUAUGUUGAACUGUACGCCAAGGACGAGGAGGCAUUUUUCAGGGACUAUGCAAUCUCACAUAAGAAGCUGUCAGAAUUGGGUUUCAUCCCGCGUUCUUCAGCCACCAAAGGAAGUGGAAAUGACGGUGCAGUCCUAGCUCAGGGAGCUGUCGGGGUAGCAGUAGCUGCUGCAGUGGUGAUCUUAAGCUACUUCUAUGAAGUCCGCAAGAGGAUGAAGUAAAUGACUGUGUCAUCGAUUUCCGCUUAGUAUUCUCUACAGCCUGUGUGCUUCAUAAUAUCCCCUUCACAAUAAAACUCUGUGCCUUGCCUGGCAACCCGAUCAACUAGCAGAUCAGAAAGUUAUAAUUCAGCACAACCGAUUCCUGCAUUCGAACCAGUCAUGCAGCUACUUGUUAUACAGCACUAUACAUUGAAAAAUACAUUUGACAGGUUUGGUAAGAACUUCCUAGCAAAAGCAGCUAA